AUGGCAGUGAUAGUAAAUAGUAGUAGUACAUUACAAGAUGAUGUGUGUGCAACGACAAAUUGUGGGCAAGGAACAUGCAAGGCUUCUAAUACUUCAUUUCCUGGUUUUGAUUGUGAAUGUAAUUCGGGUUGGAAGAAGAUGCAGAUCGGUCCUUUGACCUUUCCUCCUUGUGUUGUUCCCAAUUGCACAUUUGACUUGGGAUGUGGCAAUGGAGCUCCACCAGCACCACCACCACCUCCACCUCCACCUUCUCCACCUCCACCAUUCAAUCUCUUCGACCCCUGUAAUAUUCUUGUUUGGUGCGGCGAUGGAACCUGUGUGCCUAAUGGAAGUGGACACAUAUGCCAGUGCAACGAUGGCUCUGCAAAUGUGUUAAACGCGACAGACCUUGCUUGUUUUAAACAAUGCUAUCUUGGAGCAGAUUGUAAUGGUCUUGUGUUCGGCAACUCACCGCCUCCACCUCCACCGCCAUCCAGUAGUUCAGCCCCGCCAAGAAAUAAUGCAAUUCGUGUGGCAGCACCACCAGGCUCGACCGAAGCAUCAAAGUCCUUGAGGAACCUUUGUGCAUCAUCAAUGAUAUUUUUAGCAGCAAAUUUCCUAACAUGGCUUUAG